AUGGCGGACAGGAAAGGACUGUUAUUUUCGCUGCUCUACUUCGCGGCAGAGUUUUGUCUAAGUUCGCAGCAAGUCCUUAGAAUCGGGGGGAUUUUUGAGACCCUUGAGGAUGAGCCUAUAAGUGUGGAGGAGUUGGCCUUCAAAUUUGCCGUAACCAACAUAAACCGAAAUCGUACCUUAAUGCCAAAUACCACUUUGACCUAUGACAUACAGAGAAUCAAUCUCUUUGACAGCUUUGAAGCCUCCAGAAGGGCUUGUGACCAGCUGGCACUUGGCGUGGCUGCAGUCUUUGGUCCCUCUCACAGCUCUUCAGUUAGUGCAGUACAGUCCAUCUGUAAUGCCCUGGAGGUUCCCCACAUCCAGACCCGCUGGAAACACCCUUCAGUGGAUAAUAAGGACAGCUUUUACAUUAACCUGUACCCAGAAUACGCCUCUAUCAGCAGGGCGGUGCUGGACAUAGUACAGUUCUACAAGUGGAAAGCAGUUACAGUUGUCUACGAAGAUGCAACCGGUCUCAUACGUCUGCAAGAGCUAAUAAAAGCUCCAUCCAGAUACAACAUUAAAAUCAAAAUACGGCAGUUACCGACAGGAAAUAAAGAUGCUCGACCGUUACUGAAGGAGAUGAAAAAGGGCAAAGAGUUCUAUGUAAUCUUUGACUGCUCCUACCAAACUUCUGCUGAUGUCCUCAAACAGCUCCUAUCCAUGGGAAUGAUGACUGAGUACUACCACUUUUUCUUCACCACUCUGGAUCUUUUUGCCCUGGACCUGGAACCAUACAGAUACAGCGGGGUGAAUAUGACUGGCUUCCGUCUGCUUAACAUAGACAACCCGCAGGUGGCUGCGGUGGUGGAGAAGUGGUCCAUGGAGCGACUACAGGCUCCGCCCAAACCUGAAACUGGACUGCUGGACGGCAUGAUGACAACCGAGGCAGCCCUCAUGUAUGAUGCCGUUUACAUGGUUGCUGCUGCCGCUCAGAGAGCCUCCCAGAUCACGGUCAGCUCACUGCAGUGUCACCGACACAAACCCUGGCGAUUCGGCUCCCGUUUCAUCAAUAUGUUCAAAGAGGCAACGUGGAACGGCCUGACAGGACAGAUAAUAAUAAAUAAGACGGAUGGUCUGAGGAAGGAUUUCGACCUUGAUGUCAUAAGCCUGAAAGAAGAGGGCAUGGAGAAGACUUUUAUCGAUGGCGGUAGCCGCUUUAAUAAAGUGUGGAGAAAGAUUGGGGUGUGGAAUUCAAACACUGGCCUUAAUUUGACCGAUAGCAACAAAGACAAGUCCACAAAUGUCACAGAUUCCAUGGCUAACCGAACACUCAUUGUCACAACCAUUCUGGAAAAUCCCUAUGUGAUGUAUAAGAAGUCUGAUAAGCCAUUGUAUGGGAAUGACCGGUUUGAGGGUUACUGUCUAGAUUUGCUGAAAGAAUUGUCAAAUAUUCUGGGCUUUUCAUAUGAAGUAAAACUGGUGUCUGAUGGGAAGUACGGAGCUCAGAAUGAUAAAGGGGAAUGGAAUGGCAUGGUUCGAGAACUCAUAGACCAUGUGGCAGACUUGGCUGUGGCUCCUCUCACCAUCACCUAUGUGAGAGAGAAAGUAAUUGACUUCUCCAAGCCCUUUAUGACCUUGGGGAUCAGUAUACUGUAUCACAAACCCAAUGGCACUAACCCGGGGGUCUUCUCUUUCCUCAACCCCCUCUCUCCCGACAUCUGGAUGUAUGUGCUCUUGGCUUGUUUGGGGGUCAGCUGUGUGUUGUUUGUCAUUGCCAGGUUCACACCCUAUGAAUGGUACAACCCACAUCCCUGCAACCCAGACUCUGAUGUGGUAGAGAACAACUUUACCUUAAUAAACAGUGUUUGGUUUGGAGUUGGAGCCCUGAUGCAGCAAGGGUCAGAACUGAUGCCCAAAGCUCUCUCCACAAGAAUUGUUGGUGGGAUCUGGUGGUUUUUUACCCUGAUUAUCAUAUCGUCAUAUACCGCCAACCUGGCUGCCUUCCUCACUGUGGAGAGAAUGGACUCACCUAUAGACUCCGCUGACGAUUUGGCCAAGCAAACUAAAAUUGAGUAUGGGGCUGUGAGAGAUGGUUCCACUAUGACCUUCUUCAAGAAAUCAAAAAUUUCCACGUACGAAAAGAUGUGGGCAUUCAUGAGCAGUCGUAAAAACACGGCAUUGGUCAAAAACAACCGGGAAGGAAUCCAACGAGUGCUGACCACAGAUUAUGCGCUGCUGAUGGAGUCGACCAGCAUAGAAUACAUCAGUCAGAGGAACUGCAACCUCACUCAGAUUGGAGGCCUGAUAGACUCAAAAGGCUAUGGCGUAGGGACUCCCAUUGGCUCGCCGUACCGGGAUAAGGUGACCAUAGCCAUUCUGCAGCUGCAGGAGGAGGGGAAGCUCCACAUGAUGAAGGAGAAAUGGUGGCGAGGAAAUGGAUGUCCGGAGGAGGACAGCAAAGAAGCCAGCGCCCUGGGUGUGGAGAACAUUGGUGGAAUCUUUAUAGUGCUGGCAGCAGGAUUGGUACUCUCUGUGUUUGUGGCUAUUGGGGAGUUUAUCUAUAAAUCAAGGAAGAACGUGGACAUUGAGGAGGUGAGUGUAGGACAAUGCGAGUGGCACAACAAGUACUGA